AUGGCGGCUUGUUAUGCUUGGUUUCUAGUGCUUGGGUCCGUUUUCCUUUGCAAUCUCAUGAAAACACUGUUGCCGAGUAUUUCCUCUUUCCUCUCCAGGAUGGUGCAAAAAGAUGCCGAACAGGAAAACGAGAUGAGAACUGAAAUCCAGGCGAUGAAGAAAGAGCAGUCUUCAAUAAGUAUGAUGGAUGAAUUCGCCAGAUAUGCCCGGUUAGAGCGCAAGAUAAACAAGAUGACGGACAAGCUCAAAACAAACGUGAAAUCAAGGUCUGCACAACAAGCCAAAAUGAAAUGGAUUGUCAACAUCGUCUUUUACAUCCUGCAGGCUGUUCUCAUGAUAUCUUUAAUUUGGAAGUAUUACUCUGAUCCAGUCACAGUGGUUCCCAGUAAAUGGAUUGCACCUGUCGAACGUCUUGUUGCUUUCCCAACUGGAGUCGCAGGUGGCGUGGGAAUUACAUGCUGGUUGGUGGUUUGCAACAAGGUAGUGACACUGGGUCUUCAUGCCUUCAGCUAG